UAGAUUUAUAUAAAAAUUGGUUGCGGUCAAAAUUUCUCCAAAAUGCUCGUAAACGUACUUGUUAACGCAUGUGCUUUCCCUCUUCUUCUUUAUUUUUACAAAGAUAGACGUUGAACUAAACGCAUAUGUGUGUCUUUCCAUUUAAUAAUUCAGUAGAUUUUUUUUUUUUCCGAGCUUCAGUAGAUUUUCUUGAAUUUGGAAUUCAAAUAAAAGCUUGCGGAGUCGAAAUUUCCACCAAAUGGUCGCAAAUGCAUGUUUUUAUAUAAUUUGUCUUAACAAAUCAUUAUUAAAUUAAUCUCUAAACAAGUUUGUUUUCUAAGUAAAAAAAUGUAUGAUCCUCAACACAGUAGAACCAAUUUCAAACACGAAACUACUAGCCCAACACUUCAUUAGUAAAAGCAACAUAAUUUGCACAUAAUCGAAUCUACGACCUAUUCCAAAUCACAAAAUACUCUAUCCACUAAGCUACUUAUAUUUUCUAUCUAUUCAAGUUAUUUAUCUAUAUGAUUGUCAGUUUUCAGGAAAUAAGUUAACUGAUUUAUAAAAAAAGAAUCCUGUUAUGGCUUAAUUUCUUGUUUUUUAUUUUAUUUUGGGUGUUGUUGUCUAAACCAUUCAGAUCCUCACCAGUUGCAUAAAUGUUAAACUAAAACAAUAAAUCAUGUAAAUAAAUAUUUACACAUACUCUUCCUCAUAGUUGAUAGUGAUCCCUCGCUGCUUAUAGUUCUGCCUUAAAUUGUCAUUAUACUACUCUCAAUGUCUCCAGAUUUUGUUAAUGUUAAUACAACUGACUCAGUUAACCAUAUCUUCUGGAUUCUGCAUUAAUCAUAUACGGACAAGAGUUUAGAGUGAGAGAGCCUUGGAUUUUAACUAAGCUUAGCCUAAGGUUUAUAGUGUGUAGCUAGAUCUUCAGAUUUUAUGAAUACACAACUUUUGACACGUUUUCUCAUAAUCUCACUCUUAUAAAACCCGAAACGUGUAUCUUCUUCAAUUUUCACGCCCUAAUAGCCUAUAUAAGUAGACACCCUCACAACACCAAAUAUCAUAGCAAAAACAACAACAAAUCCCAGUAAAUAUCUUGACAGAAAUGGAUAAGUUGAAUGUUUUUGUGAGGGGAGACAAUCAAGUGAAUGAAGAGAAGCCUCCAGCUCGAGUGUGUCCACGGUGUGACUCUGACAAUACCAAGUUCUGUUACUACAACAACUAUAGCUUGUCUCAGCCGCGCUACUCCUGCAAGAAUUGUCGUCGAUACUGGACUCAUGGUGGGACUUUAAGGAACAUACCGAUUGGUGGAAGUGGCCGUAAAACCAAGCGUCCAAAGAUAGAUCAACCAUCUGCUGAGAAUCAACAGGUUAAUAAUCACCAACCUUUCUUACAUGGUCAAGAAACUAACGAGUUUGUUGGAACUUUUAAUGGUUCUUCUUCUUCUGAUGUUGUUGUUGGAAACCAUUUCGGUUUUCAUGAGAUUCAUGGUGCUAUGGUAAACAAUGUGCCUCCAGUUCGAAGUUUUCCACCAAUGGAGGCAUUACAUAUCUCUGAUGUAUCAUCUCGACAAGAUUAUUACGACGUUGGAUCCAAUGAUUUGAUUGAUAAUCCUUUGAUAAACCGCCCAACUGAAGAUGAUUUAAACAUGUGGAACGAGAGCUACAACAACACUAUGAACGUGAAUCAUAAUGCCAGCACGAGUGGAAGGAGGGGAUAUCUUUAAGCACUCAUCUCAUGAAUGGAAUCAGAGACAAAUGUGUGUUUACCCGUUGAAUCAUAACCGCUUUACCCGUUGUCUCUUUAUCUUAAGCUAAUAAUGUUUCAGUUUUUAUUUUAUGCAUUAUUCUUCCUUUUUUUCCUAUAAUUUUUUAUGUUGGGUUUCUUUUCGUAGUGUUGAAAGUUUGCAUCUUUGUUUCCCAAAAGAGUCAACAUCGAAUGUUUGUCUGAUCUUUCCUUAUAUAAUUAAUAUAAAUUAUUAUUUAGUCGUGACCUUCGUUAUAUUGUGCCAAUACAUUUUUUAUGCUUGUAGCUUAUAAGCAGGGUUGAGACUCUGACAUCUGAACUUAAGUUCAUGAAACA